GCCUGCUCUCCGAGCUGCGCUCGCCCGCUCCCCGCCCUCUGGGGCCGUCGCGAAGCUCAGCUCUCCAUACUGAGCAGUACCCGGGAGGCCCUCGGACACGUUCCCAGGCCGGAUAAAGAUCGGGUCGGCGCUCGCUCCGCAGCGCGAAAUCUCGCCAUCAGCGCGCAUCGCGCGGCCGCUCCGGCCCGGCCCGGCGACGCCAGAUCGCUAUCGGCGGGGGGAAAGGUGUUCAGGAUGUUACUGUUCCUGCUGCUGCUGCGGUUUCUGCCCCCAACGGAGGGGUCUCAGCGUGCUGAACCCAUGUUCACUGCAGUCACCAGCACGGUCCUGCCCCCUGACUAUGACAGCAACCCCACCCAGCUCAACUAUGGUGUGGCAGUCACCGAUGUGGACCAUGAUGGAGAUUUUGAGAUCGUUGUGGCAGGGUACAACGGCCCCAACCUGGUUCUGAAGUAUGACCGGACCCAGAAGCGACUGGUGAACAUUGCAGUGGAUGAGCGCAGCUCCCCCUACUAUGCCCUGCGGGACCGGCAGGGGAACGCUAUUGGGGUCACAGCCUGUGACAUUGAUGGGGAUGGCCGUGAGGAGAUCUACUUCCUCAACACCAAUAAUGCCUUCUCAGGGGUGGCCACGUACACGGACAAGUUGUUCAAGUUCCGCAACAACCGCUGGGAAGACAUCCUCAGUGACGAGGUCAACGUGGCCCGCGGUGUGGCCAGCCUCUUUGCCGGGCGCUCCGUGGCCUGCGUGGACAGGACGGGCUCUGGACGCUACUCUAUCUACAUCGCCAAUUAUGCCUACGGUAACGUGGGCCCUGACGCCCUCAUUGAAAUGGACCCCGAGGCCAGUGACCUCUCCCAGGGCAUUCUGGCGCUCAGAGAUGUGGCUGCUGAGGCCGGGGUCAGCAAAUACACAGGGGGCCGUGGUGUCAGCGUGGGUCCUAUCCUCAGCAGCAGUGCCUCAGACAUCUUCUGUGACAAUGAGAAUGGGCCCAACUUCCUCUUCCACAACCAGGGUGAUGGCACCUUCGUGGAUGCUGCUGCCAGUGCCGGUGUGGACGACCCCCACCAGCACGGGCGAGGUGUCGCCCUGGCCGACUUCAACCGCGAUGGCAAAGUGGAUAUUGUCUACGGCAACUGGAAUGGCCCCCACCGGCUCUACCUGCAGAUGAGUGCCCAUGGGAAGGUCCGCUUUCGGGACAUCGCCUCGCCCAAAUUUUCCAUGCCAUCCCCGGUCCGUACCGUCAUCGCCGCUGACUUUGACAAUGAUCAGGAACUGGAGAUCUUCUUCAACAACUUCGCCCACCGCAGCUCCUCAGCCAACCGUCUCUUCCGGGUCAUUCGCAGGGAACACGGUGACCCCCUCAUCGAGGAGCUCAAUCCCGGUGAUGCCUUAGAGCCUGAGGGUCGGGGCACAGGGGGUGUGGUGACAGACUUCGAUGGAGACGGGAUGCUGGACCUCAUCUUGUCCCACGGGGAGUCCAUGGCUCAGCCGCUGUCUGUCUUCCGGGGGAACCAGGGCUUCAACAACAACUGGCUUCGAGUAGUACCUCGGACCCGGUUCGGGGCCUUCGCCCGGGGAGCUAAGGUUGUGCUCUACACCAAGAAGAGCGGGGCCCACCUGAGGAUUAUCGACGGGGGUUCGGGCUACCUGUGUGAGAUGGAGCCCGUGGCACACUUUGGCUUAGGGAAGGACGAAGCCAGCAGUGUGGAGGUGACGUGGCCGGAUGGCAAGAUGACAAGCCGGAAUGUGGCCAGUGAGGAGAUGAACUCCGUGCUGGAGAUCCCCUACCCCCGGGAUGAGGACAGACCUCAGGACCCAGCCCCACUGGAGUGCGGCCAAGGAUUCUCGCAGCAGGAAAACGGCCAUUGCCUGGACACCAAUGAAUGCAUCCAGUUCCCAUUCGUGUGCCCUCGAGACAAGCCCGUGUGCGUGAACACGUACGGAAGCUACAGGUGCCGGACCAACAAGAGGUGCAGUCGGGGCUACGAGCCCAACGAGGACGGCACAGCCUGUGUGGCUCAAGUGGCCUUUUUAGGUGGGUAUCCUUCUGCUGCCUUUAGAAUCUCUGAGCCUCUCUCUCGGGCCUCGUAUCUCUCUCUAGGCCUUGGACUUUGCCUUCAGUUAUAUGCACUUUAAAUCCCAUCAAUAAAGGAAAAAAGAAAAAAACAAAAACAAACAAACAAAAAAAAAACCUUUGUGGAAAACUAAAUCUCUCCCGCUGCCUGUCUCUCUCUCCACGCCCAGCAGAUUUUGUUGCGCGCUCCCUCGAAAUGAACCCAGGGGUGGCCAUCUUUGAAAAGGGAAGCUUGGAAGCUACUGAUAUUUAUGUAAUCUUAGUUAUUUGUGAAGGCUUUCUAUGGAUGUUUUCUGAGGAAAAGAGAAAAGGAAAGUCUCCCCUCCUACCCCAUCUACCCUCCCUCACUUCUUCAGAAGAAUCAUGGUAGUCCUGUCUUUUCUGUAUUCUCCAGUGUCACAGGACCCUAUUUUGCCCUUAACAAAGAUGGCUCCCAGGCGGUUGCUUGCUGUUGAUUGACUCAUGUACCAUGUGCCUGCUGGUUUGGCCUGUGCUGUUUCUGCUCUGUGCACCCUGACUCAUUGUGGUAGAGAAAGCCUUAUUGGAGUUGGUGGUCAUGAUGGGAGGGGAAAAGGUGACCCUUUGGGACUCUUGAUAAAAAUGUUAAAGUUGGAACUUGCUAAGUCUUCCAGCCACUUUCUGGAGAAAUUAUGCCAAUAAACUCUCUGCUGGAUA